UUUGAAGAUUUUGUCUAUGUCACUGUGCAUCAUGAUUUCGCCGUGUUCCAUUGGCUGGGAGUAUGUCCAAUGGGCGGGCACCGUCUCCGUGACGCUGUCGGGGGGCGGGACUGUGAGGUCCGACAGGAAAACGAAAGAAAGAUGGCUGCUAUCAGAAAGAAACUAGUGAUAGUCGGUGACGGCGCCUGUGGCAAAACCUGUCUCCUCAUCGUGUUCAGCAAAGAUCAGUUCCCUGAGGUCUAUGUCCCCACGGUGUUUGAGAACUAUGUGGCUGACAUCGAGGUGGAUGGUAAACAGGUGGAGCUGGCUCUCUGGGACACUGCGGGUCAGGAGGACUACGACCGACUGAGGCCUCUCUCCUAUCCAGAUACAGACGUCAUCCUCAUGUGCUUCUCCAUCGACAGCCCGGACAGUUUAGAGAAUAUUCCGGAGAAGUGGACUCCCGAGGUCAAACACUUCUGUCCCAACGUGCCAAUUAUUCUCGUGGGAAACAAGAAAGACCUGCGGAACGAUGAGCACACGCGUCGAGAGUUGGCUAAGAUGAAACAGGAACCGGUGAAGUCGGACGAGGCGAGGGACAUGGCCAAUCGGAUCAACGCCUUCGGUUACCUGGAGUGCUCGGCCAAGACGAAGGACGGCGUGAGGGAGGUGUUUGAAAUGGCCACCAGGGCGGCGCUGCAGGCUAAGAGGCGAGGCAAGAAGAGUGGCUGCUGCCUUCUAUAGAGUGUGACACAUGAUGAUGAGGAAAUGGGGAAACACAAGAGGCCAAGAAAAAACAUCCCCAUCAGGGUGGGCACAACUGACUGGGGAGUUCCAGGGAUGAAACUGGGUGAAGGAGAGAAAACGAAAAAAAGGAUGGUCCAUCCAAUGCAAUGUAAAGGGCGAACAUAUACAUUAAUGUUCAAGGUUAUAGCUUUUAGCUUUCAAAUAGAAAUACGGUGUCUUGUGUUUAAGGGGAGGGAAGAGCUCACUCACACUCUACUGUAACUCCAGUUCUUGAGACCACAGGGACACAGAUGUUUAUCUGGGAACAGUGCGACUGCUUUUCUUUCAGUUUUUCAUUCUCCUUCAUUUCCCAAGUCUGACCAAACUAACUUCGUAUGGACCCACAUUUGUUCCAAUUUUCAUUCAUUUAAAAAAGCUAAAAGAGUUUUAUUGUUUGCAGUCGAGUAUAAAUACAUGAUGGCGAUGAGACCGACUUAUUUGAGUGUUUUAUACUUGAUUGGUAAUUGAUAUAAAUUGAUUGACUUUAACUAUAAAAGUGUGAAAACACCGUGUGCAGUUGGGUAUUAAAGUUUUAAUGAAACUUAACCGCCCUCUGCACAGUUACUGCAAACCCUUGAAAACCUUCAGAGAGGACCACGCCUUGUUAUCAACGGACUGAUUUUAGAGAAGACUUGAGUUCUCAGGUCAUAAUCUUCUCAUAAGAUUCCUCUUGUUCUUGUGAUUGAUUUUUAUUUGAUGCUAAUCCAACUGAACACUCGUCGACCUGACAAAUUCACUAUAACGUACAUUUCUAUAGCGCUGUUUCCAACACAACAUCGUUCCUCUUUUCAACACAAACACUUUUAUUAUUCCUUUUAAUGUUUCACAUUAAAGAUCUCCCCAUUACAUUUCCUUUUUACCUUUAGACUUUUAAUUUGAAACAUUUGCAGGAAGUGUUGGGCUUCAGUGUUUCUGUUGGAGAAGUGAUUGUUGGUGGAAUCACUGUUCUUCUGCUCUCUACGCUGUCGUAUGUUACAUUAGCGUUGUGAUAUUCUACUGGCUUGCGUUGUAUUAUUUGCACACAACUUUUAAAUAAGAAGUCAGUGUGGUAUACACUUUGAAAAAUAUAUGAUGACGAAUUAUGAAAUGCGAAAAGGCGAGUAACUCCUUAAGGAUGAUCAUUUGUAAUAUUAUUUUUUUAUGCAAAUGUAUCCUGACAUUUCUCCAGUUGUCUUUUUUAACGUAUUCUAAAGGUAUUAAAUUGUAACAAAGAAUGA